AUGGGGGACUUUAAUGCUGUCAAAGGUGCGCAUGAGCGUAGUAGUGACUGUCUCCCCAAUACGGUUGCUUACCAGGAUUUUUGUGACUUCAUUGAUGCUACUGGCUUUAUCGAGGCUCCCACUGUUGGUCUUAGAUACAUUUGGUCUGGCAGACUCUUUAUGCCUUCUCAUGUGGAGUCUAGACUGGAUCGGGCUCUUUUUUCGGCUGAUUUUGCUUCGCACUGGCAUUCGAUUCAUUCUCAGGCUCUCUGUCAUUUGACUUCAGAUCACUCCCCUCUGGUGUUGGCUUGUAGUCUCCCUCCCUCUGCUCGGAGAUGUUUUUUUCGCUUCUUGAAUAUGUGGAUCCUUCACCUAGAGUUCCAGGAGAUGGUUCAGAGUUCCUGGGACUCGGAGUUGUCCAUCACUUGUCCUAUUUUUUGGGUCAUGUCCAAGCUUAAACGGUUGAGAAAUAGGCUCAAGAUCUGGAAUAAAAGCACGCUUGGGAAUAUGGAUAUGAUGAUUAUGGAGACUCAUCAGGAGCUUCUAGACAUUCAGAAUCUCAUUUCUUCUGAUGGCUAUACUGAUGAUUUGUUUGACAAAGAAGUUUUGGCGCAAGCCAAGAUUAAUAUUGCUCUCUCUAGAAAAAGCGAGCUCUUGCGACAGAAGAGUCGGGUUUCUUGGCUGCAGGAUGGGGACCGCAAUACAGCUUUUUUCCAUACUCUUCUCCGUUGUAAGAAGAAGCCUCUUAUCAUUUCUCAUUUGGAGAUUAAUGGCUCUAUGGUCUAUGAUUCGGCGAUUAUUGGUCAGCAUAUUGUGGAUUAUUUCACGCAACUCUUCACUGGUUCUCAAACUUCUCAGUUGGGUAUUGCUGCAAUUGAGGUUAUCCUGGAUCAUUUGGUUUCGGAUCAGCAUAAUGCAAUGUUGUCCAGAAUUCCGGAUGAUGAUGAGAUCAUCACUGCUGUCUUUCAGAUAGAUCCUUAUAGCUCUCCUGGUCCUGAUGGCUUCACUAGUAAGUACUUCCAAUCCUGCUGGUCGAUCAAGCAUGACAUUUGGAGAGCGGUUCGCACAUUUUUCGAGAGAUCUUAUCUUCUUGCGGGUCAUAAUGCGAACACUCUCAUUCUUAUUUCCAAGAAAGAGGUGGUGAGUACGGUUGCUGAUUUGAGGCCUAUUGUGAUGUCGAACUUCCUCUUCAAGAUUAUUUCGAAGGUCCUUGCUACUCGGUUGAACAUUAUUGCUGCUUGCUAUGUCUCUCCGAAUCAGUUUGACUUUAUCAGUGGAAAAUCUAUUCAUGAUUGCAUUAUGUUGGGUUUUGAGGGUGUCAAUUAA